CAUAUAACAAAAUCAAAGAAAAGCAGCAGCAGCAGUAGUAGUAGUAGUAGUAGUAGUAGUCAUAAUAGAAAUGAACAAUAUACUACGAUAUUAUCUCACUUUGUAUCCUUUCUCAGAACCUAUUUCUUUGGAAUACAUAAUAAGAAGCAACCGAAACAGGCAUUUUAUGUGUGUCUAAAGGGUGAAGGAUUUAUGCCCCGAACACCAACGAGAAAAACGGAUGUAUUGAUUACUCCAUAUACAGUAACAGCUACUACUCCAAUUAAAGAUAGGAAUCAUCAUCGGCAACAACGACAACAACCUUCUACUGUCCUCAAUGCUGUUAUUACAUUAUCAGAGAUACUUACUACUGAGCAAUCUCAUCAUGUUCAAAGUUAUUAUAAAAAAAGGGAACCUCCCUUACAAAUUGUAACUUUUAAAAGAGACCUUCCUCUCUUUGAAAAAAACAAUGACCCAUCUAAAAAGAAAAGAGACAUAUCUCGUACUAAUUCUGCUUAUUUACGCAUAAUUGUAGCUGAAAUAAAUAUGAUGCGAACUGAAAAAAUCGUUUGUCCUUUAAGGCAUAGAGGUUCUUUACCUCCUAGAAUUGAUUUAUUUCAAUCUUCUUUACCAAGUCCACUUAAAAGAUAUUCAACUAUUUAAUAAACUAUCGGGAAUAUAAUACAUACAUUACUAUAUGUCUUUUUUUUUUUUUUUUUUUUUU